CGAAACAAAAUCUUGUAGGUGAUUUAGAAGAAUUGCCCUCAUGAGAAAAAACUCAUUUACUUCUAAUUAGUACAUUUCCGCGUCUAGUAGUAGAAAAGAAAACAGUGGGUUCAUUGCAGUUUUCUCGAAUGUACAAAAUCUUAUCGGUGGUUUGAUUCUGAUCACCUAUAAAGCCUUCGCCCAAGUUUAACAUAUUUUUUUUUUUUUUUUUUUUAUAGUUUUCCUCUUUCUCUGCGAUUCCUCUAUUUCUUUUUUACCAAACAAAAUAGAGCGGCUAUUGUGCUUGCUAAAAUGGCUUCUACUUCAUCUUUAGGCUUCUCCUCUAAAACUACCUACGAUGUUUUCCUUAGUUUUAGUGGUAUUGAUACUCGUUCAAAUUUUACUGAUCAUCUUCAUGUUGCUCUGCGCCGGAGAAGUCUUACAACAUUCAUAGACGAUGUUCUUGAGAGAGGAGAAGGGAUCUCGCCAGCGCUCAUGAAAGCGAUUGAAGAAUCCAUGAUUUCAGUAGUGAUUUUGUCAGAAAAUUAUGCGUCCUCUCGGUGGUGCCUAGAUGAACUAGUGAAGAUAAUUGACUGCAAGAAAGGAAUGGGGCGAAAGGUCUUACCCAUUUUCUACCAUGUAGAUCCUUCUGACGUUAGAAAACAGACUGGGAAAUUUGGGGAAGCAUUUGGGAAAGUUAAAGAAAAAUUUAAGCAGCGCUUGGACAUUGUGGAGAAGUGGAGCACUGCUUUGAUGGAAGCAGCCAAUCUAUCUGGAUGGGAUUCCGAAAACUACAGGCUUGAAUCGAAAUUAAUUGACAAAGUUGUCAACCAAAUCAUGAAGAAACUGUAUCCCAUCUCCUUUAGUGCUUGUCAUGGUUUAGUUGGGAUUGAUGCUCACGUCAACAAAAUUCUACCAUUAUUAUGUAUUGAGACAGCAGAUGUUCGUUUUAUAGGAAUUUGGGGAAUGGGUGGCAUAGGAAAGACAACCACUACUGAAGUUCUUUUUAGUCAAAUUUCUGAUGAAUUUGAUGUUUGCUACUUUCUAAGUAAUGUUAGGGAAAAUGCAGAAAAGAAUGAAUUACUGCAUUUACGACAAAAACUUUUUUCCGAACUUGUAGGGGACAAACUUUUAAGCAUACAAAUGCUCCAUGUGCUUCCCACUAUUGUUCUGGAUAUACUUAGAAGAAAGAAGGUUUUAAUUGUUCUCGAUGAUGUCAAUGAUUCAGAGCAGUUAGAGGCUUUAGCUGGAUAUCAUGGUUGGUAUGGUUCAGGAAGCAGAGUCAUAGUAACAAGCAGAGACAAAGAAGUACUUGUUGGUGGAGUUGAUCAAAUAUAUAAGGUUGAGGGAUUAAAUUAUUGUGAUGCUCUUCAAUUAUUGAGUGUGAAAGCCUUUAAACAAGAGCAUCCUCCAGAGGAGUUUAUGAAGUUCGCAGAAAGGGUGGUAAACUAUGCUAAAGGUGUUCCUUUAGCCCUAAAAGUUUUGGGUUCACAUCUAUGCAAAAGAUCUCCAAAGGAAUGGGAAAUUGUAUUGAAAGAACUAAAAAAAAUUCCGAUAUCCAAAAUUCAUAAAAUAUUAAAAAUAAGUUAUGAUUCGCUAGAGCAAACAGAAAAGGCUGUGUUUCUUGAUAUAGCAUGCUUUUUCAAGGGCCAAGAUAAAGACUGUGUAGAAGAUAUACUAGACGGAUGUGAUCUUACUCCAAGUUUGGGAAUAAUUCGUUUAGUGGAAAAGUGCCUCGUAAUUGUUGUUAAUAAUAAGUUAGAGAUGCAUGAUUUGAUACAAGAAAUCGGUCAACAUAUUGCUCGGCAUGAACAUAGUAGAUUAUGGGAAUUCACAAAAAUUUGUGAUAUCUUAGUAACUGAGAAGGUGAACAAAGCAGUGGAAGGGAUAUGCUUGGAUACUUCUAAAAUGGGAAUGACACGCUUGAAUUCUGCAACCUUCUCACAAAUGCCUAACUUAAGAUUACUCAAAUUUUUUAGGCAUUCAAAUAAAAAGGACUCAACUCCUGAAACCUUCAUACUUGAAUCUGCUAAAAAGAAUCAUCUGCAGAAUCUUCCUAACAAGUUGAGUUUACCACAUUGGGAGGAAUAUCCUUACAGUUCUCUGCCUUUAUGUUUUUCCAUGGAGAACCUUGUUUUACUCAAUUUGGAAGAUAGCGACGUUAAACGACUUUGGCAUGGAGAUAAGUGUCCUCAAAAGUUGAAGUAUCUCUAUCUUUCUGGAUCGAAGAAACUAGCCACCCUCCCAAAUCUCUCCUCGGCUACAAACUUAGAGCGAAUAGAUCUUAAGGGGUGUGAGAGUUUGCUUGAGAUUCCCUCUUCAAUUCAGUUUCUCCACAAACUUACUUAUCUUAAUCUUGAUGACUGCAUAAAUCUAAGGAGUCUUCCCAGUCUCCUUCAUUUGAAAAAUCUGAAGGAACUUUCUCUGUCUUUCUGCAUAAAUUUGAAGAAAAUGUCAGAAAUUCCGAGUGGUAUUAAACAGUUAGAUCUAAUAUGCUGUGGAGCGGAAGAAUGGUCCGCAUCUGUUCAAUCUUUCGACACUCUUAAAUACAUGCAUAUCUCGAUGUGCAAAAACCUUAGAGGCCUUCCAAGCAGUUUGCAUUUGACUUCUGUUGAGACGCUUAAACUCUUCAGAUGUUCAAAUUUAAACAAGUUCCCUAAUGUUACUGGAUAUCGAGAAAGAAUACUGUUAGAAGAGGUCGCAAUAGAAGAAUUACCCUCAACCAUCGGAUGUCUCUUUUCACUUGUUGAGUUGAAACUGGAGAAGUGCAAUAAGCUAGAGAGUCUCCCGGGCAGCAUUUGUGAGUUGAAAUGCCUUGAAGGGCUUUUUCUUAGGGGCUGCUCAAAACUUGGUAGAUUGCCUUCGUUAUGUGGUUUGUGCUCUUUAACACAUUUAUAUCUAGAUGACACUGCAGUUUCAGAAAUCCCCAGCGACAUUUUCUCUUUAUCAUCUCUAAGAUUAUUGAGUUUAAACAACUGCAAAAGACUCCAACAUUUACCAGAGCUUCCAGAGCGAACAACAGUGCUCCAAGUGUUUAAUUGUACAUCACUAGAAACUGUGAAAUCACCUUUGCCCUUCGCACUUGUACCAAAGUGCAAUGGUUGCAGGAGGCAAAAAGGAAUAUUCAAUUAUUGCAAUUGCUUCAAUUUGGAGCAUAAUACACUUGGCAACAUUUUGACAAAUGCACGACUGAGAAUUGAAGAAAAGUUUGUAAGUCUCUAUCCUCCCCUCUUUCUAAUAAAACCCAAGGUUUCUUUUCUAACUAAUUUUUCUUCUUUUUUAUUCCCUUUCACGCAGGGUUUUUCAGAAUUUAGUGAUAGUUUUCUUGUUGGUUUACCUGGAACUGAAAUUCCAGAAUGGUUCAGCUAUGAGAACCUAGGAUCUUCAAUAGCUUUUGUGCUCCCUCCCAAAUGCAUUAAUGCUAAGUACCUACAUUUGGCUUUUUGUGUUGUUCUAGAAUUCAAGGUUCCUCUUGCUAUGGAAAAGUACAAUAAUUUCGUGCUUGCAUGUGAAUUGCAUCUGAAAAAUGCUGAUGGCAAUGAAGUGCCCUUAAUAGUGGCUGCUCCUAAGAUUUAUCAUGAUAAUGUGCAUUUCGGGGCCGCCAUUGAAUCAGAUCAUGUGUUCCUUUGGCACAAUCGUCACCGUAUUAAACCAUGGCUCAGACACAAUUGUUCUGAUGUCAACAAGCUUUCGAUUGAGUCUGAGUUCAAAGUAGACAAUUUGCAUAAAGGUAACGCAAGGCAUAUUGAUUUAGUAGAAUUAAAGUUGAAAAGACGUGGAAUCCACUUGUUAUAUGCUUUCGAGGAUGAGGAGUACCAAUGCAGCCCCAGCACAAUCCAAACCAAGCUCUCUUUGCAAUAUUCAUCAACCGUUUCUAAUUUUAUGCAACAAGUGAGAGGAAACACUUGGUUUUUGAAUGGCUUUUGUUUUAUUCUUUCGUGCAGUUUUUGGUUACUCUCCUUUUGGGUGCUGAAGAGUUUUGGUUCUGCGUCCUUGUUUUAGGCUAUUUGGUCAGCGGCUGCUCUUUAUUUUUUACUGGUUUCGGCACCUCUUUGGUAGAUCCGGUUUUGGUAAUUUGAUCUCUGCAUUCAGCUUGUUUCGGGUUUCCAUUGCUGUACUGGUUGCUUUUGUCUCUGCUUACUGUUUACUCUCGGAUGGGGUUGCUGAUGCUUUUCUUAGUCUCUAUUGUUUGUGCUUUGUUGUUCAGUCUAUCUUUUGGUUCUGCUGUGGUCUAGCAAUUCUGCCUUUUUGCUGUUUGUGCUUUUUGUUCAAUCUAUCAUUUGGUUCUGCUUUAAUCCGAUGCAGCAAUUUUCAUUUUUUU